CGGUGCCAGGGGGCGGUGGCGAGACCGACUCCUGGACUGGGGGAAAGGGCUCAGGUCACCUGAAGCGCCUAGGGGGUGGGCGGGGGGGCGGAGGAGCCCCGGAGUGGGACGACAGGAGACCGAGAAGAGUGCGGGUGUGUGGGGAGAGGGAGCCGUGUUGUCCCGGGGUCAGGCCCCCCCCCCCGGGGGUUCCCUAGGGCUUUGCGGAGCUUCCAAGGAAUUCGGCCCUGGCAACCUCUGGACCAUUCCCAAAAUCCGGGACAUGUUUCGCUUGUGCAUUUUCCUGAGCCCCUGGACUAUUGGCACUGUGAGCCGGUGUGAGCUGGUUUGUUUUGUUUUCACCUGUUACCCUUGUGUCUAGUUUUGGAAAACAAAGGGCUGACCUGACACAGACGUGUGCCGGCAAAUCUUGGUGUUGAGGAUUCUGAAACGAUCCUGGUCACUUUUUACCAACCUAAAAAUCGGUGAGGUUAAAGAACAGGGCGUGCCAAACCUUGCUCUUCUGUUCUAAAAUGGAAACAUUUUGAAAUUUGAAUUAGUAUUUUGUUCAGCGUUAUUUAUUCCUGUCACAGUUUUGCUUUAUUUUCACUAAAUUUAUCUUUCCCCUAGCCUUCAUCUAAAUUACUAAGCAUAUAUUAAGUGCCUACUAUGUGCCAGGCUAAGUGCAGGGAUUCCAAAUUCUUGGACGCAUUGAUCAUUUGUCUAAGUUAAUAGUGAAUACUUUAGGACCGCCCCUGAAAGAAGAAACACUCCCAGGGCAUCUCAGGUAGAAUGAGCCUUCAAUGCUGUCCUCAGAAUGGCUUGGCUGAGGGAUGCUGUAACCCUAGUUUUCCAGAUUUCUGAGGAGCAGAAAAAGCCUGUGAAAGUGAAGGAGGAAAAAGACCUCACCUUUAAGCAGGAAUUUCAGCUUCGAAAAGACAACUUCUCUGGCCAAGAAGUCUUCUGCCAACGUUUCAGGCGAUUCCACUACCAGGAGAUCUCUGGACCUCGGGAAUCUCUAAGCCAACUGAGGGAACUUUGCCAUCAGUGGCUGAGGCCAGAGAUACACACAAAGGAACAAAUCCUGGAUCUGCUGGUGCUGGAGCAGUUCCUGGGCAUCCUGCCUGAGGAGCUCCAGUCAUGCGUGAAAGAAUACGAUUCUUUGAGUAGAGAAGAGGUUGUGACUAUGUUGGAGGAUUUGGGCAGAGAACUUGAUGAACCAGGACAGCAGGUUUCAGUCCAUGCGGAAGGAUUCAAAGGGUCGUGGAAGGAGGUGGUACCCCUGGAAGCAACACAAGAGUUAUUGAGCAUCCGACUGCAGCUUAUGGAGACUCAGCUCAGAUGUGAAUCCUCAGCACUCCAGCCCUUACAAGAAAUAGAAGAUGAGUCUGGGACUGAGAAUGAGAAGUUGAUUCUAAAGCAGCAAAUUUCUUUAGUGGAACCUCACUCAUUGCUUUUAAGAAGAGUCAUAGUGGAUGCUCCCCAGAAACCUGAAUCUGAACAAACUUGUGAAACCAAGGGCAGGUUAGAAGGGCAUCAAGAAACUCCCACAGUGGAGGGAAGGGAGAAAUCUACUUCCCAAGAGAAAGUUUCCAGGGAAAUCAGAGAGGUCAUUCAUAAAAAACUUCCCAUGGGAGGAGAGAAAGACCAUAAAUGUGAUGAAUGUGGAAAAUUCUUUACUAAGAGCUCAAAUCUUAUUCGACAUCAAAGAAUCCACACUGGAGAAAAACCCUAUAAAUGCAAAGAAUGUGGGAAGGCUUUUAGUGGAAGUACCAGCCUUUGUCUACAUAGGAGAAUCCAUACUGGGGAGAAACCUUAUAAAUGUGAUGAAUGUGGGAAAGCCUUUAGUGUGAGUUCCAAUUUGAUUCUUCAUUAUAGAAUCCACACAUUAGAUAGACCUUAUGAAUGUGGUGAGUGUGGUAAAGCCUUCAAUUGGAGUUCAGACCUUAUUAAACAUCAAAGAAUCCACACUGGGGAAAAACCCUAUGAAUGUAAUGAUUGUGGGAAAGCUUUCAAUCAGAGCUCUGACCUUAUUAAACAUCAAAGAAUCCACACUGGGGAGAAGCCCUACAACUGCAGUGAGUGUGGGAAAGCCUUCAAUCAAAGCUCACUCCUUAUUAAACAUCAGAGAAUUCACACUGGGGAGAAGCCGUAUCAUUGUAAUGAAUGUGGGAAAAGCUUUAGUCAAAAUGCAGGCCUUAUAUCACAUCUGAGACUCCAUACAGGAGAAAAACCUUAUGAAUGUGCUGAGUGUGGAAAAGCUUUCAGUGAGAGUUCUCACCUCAUUAAACAUCACAGAACUCACACAGGGGAAAAACUUUAUCAAUGUAUCAGAUGUGGAAAAAGAUUUAGUCAAAAUGAAGGUCUUAUUUCACAUCAGAGAAUCCAUACUGGGGAGAAACCCUACAAAUGUGAUAAAUGUGAGAAAACCUUCCAUAAUAGUUCAAACCUUUCUAGACAUAAGAAAAUUCACUUAGAGAGAGAGAAACCUUAUAAAACUAACAAAUGUGGGUAAAACUUUUACAGUAUAUUCCUGUAUAGCCUUCAGAGAGUGGAUACUUGAGCCACACCAUAAUUGCAAUGCAAUACAUUCGAAGGGUUUUGGUUAUAACUCUUCCCUUAAAACAUUAGGAACUUGGUUAAAGCCCAAAGUGGGACCACUAGGUCGUUUUGGUUUUUCUUUAAGCACUUAAUACUAACAGUUAAUACUCUUUCUCACUGAGCUGCUUAUAAAAAGCUCUUGACAGCCAAGGAACUAAUCACCUGUUCCAACAAUUGCCACUUAAAUAGGGUUCAAAAGUUAAUUAGCACUCUGGAAAAAAAUUGGAACUAAGACCCAAAAGUUACCUUCAACUUAGCUAUAUUACUAUAUCACAAAAAGAUUAAAGAAAGAGGAAAAGGACCCAAAUGUACAAAACCAUCUAUACUGCCUGUUUUUCCAGUAGCAAAGAACUGGAUAUUAAGGGGGAUUACCCCUAUCAGCUGGAGACUGGCUGAACAAGUUAUGCUAUGAGUGUUACUGUGUCAUAAGGAAUAAUGAUAAGGACAGUUUCAGUGAAACCUGGGCAGCCUUGUAUAAACUGAUGCAAAAGAAAACAAGCAAGUAAGGGAAACAAUUGAUUCAGUAAGAGCAGCAUCAUAAAAACAACUUUGAAAGACUUAAGACCUCUGAUCAUUAUGACAACCAACCAUGUUCUAGAAGACUGACGAUGAAGUAUGCUGCCCACCUCCUAACAGAGAGGUGAUAGACUCGGUGCAGAAUGAAGGAUAUGUUUUACACAUGGCCAGUGGGGGAAAAUGUUUUGCUUGACUAUGGUAAAAAACCUUUUGCUUUUCUGUUCCCCUUCCCCUCCCCAGGUGUGGGGAGAUAGGAAGGAGAGAAAUUAUUUUUGUUAAUUAAAAAAAUUUUAAUUCGAAAAAAAUUAGCCUGGGAUCUAGAAGAACUUGGGAAUUUUUCAUUCAGCAGUGUCUUAACUAUUCAUUUCCUGCAGGGCUAGCCUUUGUAAACUACCUUGUUUUGUAUUUGUGUUGCCAAUUCUUGGUCUCCAGGUCAGACCUAGGAAUUAUUAUAAGCACUUCAUUGUUUGCUUCUGUCAAAAAGGCUUAGAAAGCCAGUCAGGUGCCUGUAAUUAAUCUCUGCUAAUGAGUUAAGCUGAGGCUGGUGCAUAUCUUGAGCUCAGGAGUUCUGAACUGCACAUAUUAGUAUGGUGAGCCACCAGGAAUAGGGGAUAGAAAUGACAUUAGAAGAUAAGAUAUCAUCCUGGUUUUAUUUAGAACCUGGAAUACUAUUUCCAUUUCUGGUUGCCAAAUCUUAAAAAAGACAAGAAAAAGGAAUAGGCAUUGGCUGCCUCAAACAACUGGACAGACUAGAGGCAAAAGACUAGAACUCUGGAAAAACAAAUAGGUGUCAAUCAAAUCUAUUCUACAAAAUUGAUAGAUUCACAUUCAUCCUAUUCACAACCUAGAGUUCCAUACGUAAAACUAAAAGGUAGCCCUCCAACCUUGAAAGACAGACCUAAGUGUAGAAUAAAUAAAAUCAAUUAAUUUAUCAUGGUAGUAACCGUAUAAAACUUUUUCUUUCAAAGAAAUUUGGUAC